AAUUGCCCAACAUUUAGAUUCGGGUAGUUUUAUCAUCACUCUUUCCAGCCCGGUUGCUAAACCCACCACCGCGUGGUGGCGCCGUCAACCCGCACACGGCGGCGCUCUUCAUACAACGAAGAUGAAGUCGGCAUUAAAAGCUUCCAUAUAUUUGCUAUCUGCUAAUAAAUUUUGGGUAAAUACAAGCAGCAAGGUUUCAUCGAGAUCGAUUAUAUCCACCUUUGACCUUCUCCGCGGCCAAAUCGACUGCAGCUUCCAUGCACGAGAAUUUCAGAGCUCGAAUAGGGCUGUUCACUCUUCUGCUCAUGAGGAUGAUGAUUUCUCAGAGUUGGAUUCGGGAGUAUCAGAAUGCCUUCCAAAUAAAAUUGAAUCAGUUAUCGAGAAAGUUGAUUUUGUGGGUGAUGAUGUUUCCUUAGAAGUGAAUCCAGGAAUAUCAGAUUGGCCUGACCAGGAAAUUAAUUUGGUUACUGAAAAAUCUGAUGCAUUUUUGGUAGGUUCACAAGUAUUUUUAUUGUUUCCCCUUAUUUAUGCAAUAAUGUCAUUAAUUAAAUUAUGUGUGCGUCAUUUUUUACUUGAGCUGUGCUCUUUUGCUGUUGAGGAUGAUGAUGCUUUCUCAGAACUAGGACCGGGAACAUCAGAAGUCCCCGCUAAGAAACUGAAUUUGGUUACUGAAAAACGCGAUCAUUUUUCGAGAACUCAUUCCAAGAAAAAGGCCCAUUCUUCAGGUCACAAGGAUCUGAUGAAAGCCAUUGCCAGAUCUUUUGCUACUCCAUCUACUAAGCCUCGUGUCCCUUCUAAUGUGCGGAUGCCUAAUGAUAAUAAGGAGCCGGGUAGCAAGUCCCUAUCUUCAGAUUACAGGCCAAAUGGGGAGGAGGGAGUUGGAGCAGUUGCCAAAUCUUCUACAACUUCAUCUACUGAGUCUCAUGCCCCUCAUAAUCCCCCAACAUCUACUGAUGGCAAUAAAAAUAUAUUUGAAACAAAAUAUCCACUCUCUGUCUCCGUUAUGAAUAUACCUUCUGAAGUUGGUCUCCCGAAGCUCAUAGAAGCUAUUUCAGUAUUCGGAAAGGUUUCUGGUGCUUCUUUUGUGACUACAUCUGAAAAUUUUAAGUGUUGUAACAUUGAUUUUGAGGAUGGAGACUCAUGCAAGGGAGCAGUUUCAGCUGGUAAAGUUGAAGUGGGAAGUCACACAUUUUUAGUUAAUCCUCUUGAUGCUGUAGAUCUAGUUGCAGUGAGGAUCAAGAACAUAAAAGUAAGGACUACUGAUUCUGCAGUACACUCCAUAUGCAAGUCAGCUGGCGAAUUAGUGGGAUUGACUAGGACAGACAGGACCUGUGUGGAUGCCUUCUUCAACGUCCGGAAUCAUACUUGCCAUCAGGACAUAGUUAAAAAGUUAAAUAAUACAGUAUGUGAAAGCAACCAAUGGUCUGCUUGCGAGCUCCCAAGCAUAUCUAACGCAUCUGAAGCUGAAUACAAUUUGCAUUCCCAGAUUGCUGAUCACUGCGCCAAGCUGAACACACAACUUUCCUUGAAAAGAAUAUAUCUGCAGGAUCUAGAGAGCUUAAACAAGAGUGUAAUGCACCUAAAAGACAUAUCACCUCCCUUGAAUCACUCAGAACCAAGCAGGCGAGAAUGUGGUGAAGUGGACCCAUGCGAAGGAUAUUUAUUAAUCCCAUCCCAUGUGCAUCCAAAAGGACAAACUCGUGGGCAUCGAAGAUUUGAAUCGAAUUGAAACUUGCUCUAUUAUUUUGUACUGUGUAUAGGACAAAAUAUUUAUGAAACGGUAGAUAUUAACAAAUUUAGUUAUACGCUUUGAAUGUAUUGUUAGAAAGUUGAUGGAAUCUUAAAUUUUGAUCUCGAA